AUGCAUCUCGAGGAUUACCACGAGGACAGGAACGAGGAGGAGGUCCAGCGCGCAGUGUCCAGGAGCAUCAAACAGGAAGGCUUCAAUUCCUUGCACUUCACGCCGAUCACCACAAUGGCAAGCAACCCCCAGCAGGCUUGCUGGGCAACGUCUCACGCGGAUACCGGCUUGUCUUCCCCGAUUCUCCCAAAUAAUUCGAGUCUUCACGAGUACACCGACUGGGAACAGCUUACAGCUGCGUUCCAGUACCCUUAUCAGCAGCACUCGGUGACGGACAGGUCGCCGGGUAGCACUGGUAGCGAGGCGACCACGCCGACGUGGAACAAUGUGGUCCACAGUGAUCUAUCGGACUGUUCGAAUGGGCAGCGACUGCCAUCGGUGGGCUCCGCGUUCUCCUUUUCGCGCAGCUUCUCGAACACAGUGUAUCCUGAGUACCAGGGCUACCAAGAGUACCCAGAGUACCAAGACGACGUCACGGUGUCCUUACCAUUGAUUCUUCACGCACAGUCGGAUAGUCAAGGAUUCACUGGACCCAUGCAGAAUGCUACCGAUGAGUUUGACCUAAGCUUGAUAAGAGGUGACCCAACGUCCCUUCUAAACAAUGUGGAGUCACCUUCUUCGCCGUCUUCGACGUACCUGGAGGAGCUACAGGACCCGUUCUCCAAUUUGAACGGAUCCUGCUACGCGGUUGGACAUUUGGUCUCCGGGCAACAGUCUUCUAUUUCCACAAUGGCGUUCGUCAAUGACAACAGCCUGGGCGAUAGUUUCGGCAACCAAGUUGUUCUUCCUAGGAACGAAGGCCUACUACUGACUGAUCGACGCGUGCCGAUUGCGAAGACUGGAUCAGAUGCGGAGAAACGUAGUAAAUCUUAUGACUGUUCGACGCCAGAGGAAAACCUGACCUCGACGUAUCAGUGCCGAUGGAUAGACUGUGGCUGCGCGUUCGCGGAACAGGAGGGUUUGGUGCGUCACAUAGAAAGAAGACAUGUCGAAUCCUCAUCGUCGAACGCGCACGGACAUGGCAGAAGGAUCCAGAGGGACAGGGACAAGGACAAGGACAAAGAAAAAGACGUGGACACUUAUACCGCUACCGGAACCGGGCAGGACGAGUUCGCGUGUCUCUGGCAGGGUUGUCCACGUGCGCGACCGUUCAAUGCAAGAUACAAAUUGUUGAUUCAUAUGAGGGUUCAUAGCGGCGAGAAACCGAAUAAGUGUCCAUUCAGUGGAUGUAAGAAAGCAUUUUCGCGGUUGGAGAACCUGAAGAUCCACCAAAGGUCUCAUACAGGAGAAAGACCCUACGCGUGUCAGCAUCGCGGCUGCUCAAAAGCGUUCAGCAACAGCAGCGACCGCGCAAAACACCAAAGAACUCAUUACGAUACGAAACCGUACGCUUGCCAAGUGACCGGAUGCGGGAAGCGAUACACUGACCCGUCGAGCCUCAGGAAGCACGUGAAGAACCACUCGGAGCCGACCACACCGGUCACGAAUCUGUCGUCGGCGUCGGAGAAUAAAAGUCCCAGCAGCAUUCCCAGCAACGUGAUCAGCGCGUCGCGACACGAUCUGACUUCUACGACUUCGAAACAACAGGCGCAAACGGCCGUCGCUUACGCUACGGAAUCGAAUUAUCGGUCGUAUAAGACUUCGGAGUCUUACGCGGACGAGGACGCGGACCUGUUCCAGACGAAUCUGUGUCAGGUCGAUAGGAUUUCCAUGAGCCUUGAGAGCAAUCAAGAGUACGUCCCCAUUGAGUCCAUGAAGCGUUAUCUCAUCGAGGAUGUCAGCAACUCGCACGUGGAUGGUACAGGAUACUGCGAGGACGACGUGCCCGACUUCCAGGAGCUCGGCUCGGACAUCGAACAACAGUUCCUCGAGCUGAGCAGCUUAGACGACGCGGUUUUCAUCGACGGUUGAGACGUCCAAGCGAACAAAGACUUCCAAUACUUCCAAAGACUCGUUCCCAACCCUUUUUUAUAUUCGAUUUUAUAUACCAUUGUUAUACUUGGCGGAAUCAUAUUAUAUUUUUGUACAUAGCCACUUGUAUAUAAUAUAAAAGAGAAAAUACAUUGAU